UAAAUAAUCUCCUUUUCUCAGCACCACCGCCAAGAGAAAACAAUGGCGACAGAAGAUUUUAGCUUCCCCAAAAUCACCAAUCCUUCACCUCAAUUCACGUCUUUACCAUCGUUAUGGAGCGUAUCUUCCUUGAUCUAUCCCGAAUUCGAAUUUGAAUUCGAAGAAGAAGAACCGGCGAGCCUCCAAAGGAAGAGCUUCUCGAACCCCGCCUCGUCGGAAAGCGAAGCGAACAAGAGAGAUCCUGAGGAAAUGGACGUGUUGUGGGAGGAGUUCAAUGAAGAACUCAAGCGAGCUGCUUCGUUGCGCAGCCGGAGAGAGGUGCAGGCCAUGGAGAAGAUGACCGAAACCGGCUACGGAACAGAGCUGAUUGGCCGGAAGAAACAGAGUAAGAGCUUGUUGACGGUGAUGAAGAGGUUGAAGAUCAAGUUGUUUUAUAUUCGCAACUUUUGGAUAAAGAACUAAUCUAACACCGUCGUCGAUGAGUGAAAGGCCAUGUUUUAUUUGAUGUUUCGCUUGUCGAGGGUGCUCUAUCUUCU